GACGCGGCGACGGCGAGGCGGGGACCGCGCGGGCGGGCGGCCGAGGAUGCUGCGGGGCGCCCCGGGCCCGUGACCCCACCCGCUCGGCUCUGGGCUCCGCUCGGCGCGCGCCGGCCCCGGCUGCUGACAGCGCGACGCGCGGCCGCCGAGCAGCACGGAUGCAUGACAACAUGUCCACCAUGGUGUACAUAAAGGAAGACAAGCUGGAGAAGCUCACGCAGGAUGAGAUCAUCUCCAAGACCAAGCAGGUGAUCCAGGGGCUGGAGGCGCUGAAGAACGAGCACAACUCCAUCCUGCAGAGCCUGCUGGAGACGCUCAAGUGUCUGAAGAAGGAUGACGAGAGCAACCUGGUGGAGGAGAAGUCCAACAUGAUCCGGAAGUCGCUGGAGAUGCUGGAGCUCGGCCUGAGCGAGGCGCAGGUCAUGAUGGCCCUGUCCAACCACCUCAACGCCGUGGAGUCGGAGAAGCAGAAGCUGCGGGCGCAGGUGCGGCGCCUGUGCCAGGAGAACCAGUGGCUGCGGGACGAGCUGGCGGGCACCCAGCAGAAGCUGCAGCGCAGCGAGCAGGCCGUGGCCCAGCUGGAGGAGGAGAAGAAGCACCUGGAGUUCAUGAACCAGCUGAAGAAGUACGACGACGACAUCUCCCCCUCGGAGGACAAAGACUCCGACUCCAGCAAGGAACCCCUGGAUGACCUUUUCCCCAACGACGACGACGACCCUGGUCAAGGCAUCCAGCAGCAGCACAGCAGUGCGGCGGCCGCUGCUCAGCAGGGCGGCUACGAGAUCCCGGCGCGCCUGCGCACGCUGCACAACCUGGUCAUCCAGUACGCGUCCCAGGGCCGCUACGAGGUGGCCGUGCCGCUGUGCAAGCAGGCGCUGGAGGACCUGGAGAAGACCUCGGGCCACGACCACCCCGACGUGGCCACCAUGCUCAACAUCCUGGCGCUGGUGUACAGAGACCAGAACAAAUACAAAGACGCGGCCAACCUCCUCAACGACGCCCUGGCCAUCCGCGAGAAGACGCUGGGCAAAGACCACCCCGCGGUGGCGGCGACGCUCAACAACCUGGCGGUGCUCUACGGCAAGAGAGGGAAGUACAAGGAGGCGGAGCCACUGUGCAAGCGGGCGCUGGAGAUCCGGGAGAAGGUCCUGGGGAAGGACCACCCCGAUGUGGCCAAGCAGCUGAACAACCUGGCGCUGCUGUGCCAGAACCAGGGCAAGUACGAGGAGGUGGAGUACUACUACCAGAGGGCCCUGGACAUCUACCAGACGCGCCUGGGCCCCGACGACCCCAACGUGGCCAAGACGAAGAACAACCUGGCGUCCUGCUACCUGAAGCAGGGCAAGUUCAAGCAGGCGGAGACCCUGUACAAGGAGAUCCUGACCCGCGCGCACGAGAGGGAGUUCGGCUCUGUGGACGACGAGAACAAGCCCAUCUGGAUGCACGCCGAGGAGAGGGAAGAGUGCAAGGGGAAGCAGAAGGAUGGGGCGUCGUUCGGAGAAUAUGGCGGCUGGUACAAAGCGUGUAAGGUGGACAGCCCGACUGUUACAACGACUUUAAAAAACCUCGGAGCUCUCUACAGACGUCAGGGCAAAUUUGAAGCUGCUGAGACCUUGGAGGAAGCAGCCAUGCGGUCACGGAAACAGGGCCUCGACACCGCUCACAAACAGAAGGUGGCUGAGGUGCUGAGUGACGGGGAGCACGCGGAAAAGGGGCGCAGCCGCGAGAGCUUGGACGUGGUCAAGUACGAGAGUGGCCCUGACGGAGGGGAGGAAGUGAGUAUGAGCGUAGAGUGGAACGGGAUGAGAAAAAUGAAGCUCGGGCUGGUUAAGUGACUUGCUCUCCAUCCCUCGGCCUAGCUCCCGACUGCCCGCUGUCCUGCAUGAGGCGGCUCCUCGCCAGCUAACCUCGCCAGUGCUGCCCGCUGCGCUAGCCCCCCCCACUCGGGACUGGCCCUUCCUCUCGGUGCUGCUGUCCGGGGGGGCUCUCGUCCCCAUGUAGCUUUGCCAGAUAUGUACCUAGUGACCCGCGCUGUAUCACUCCACCACGUCCUGUGUAGACAGUUUAGCCGUGAGAGCGAUAGGCUGUUCACUCCGACACGAGGUAGUUAGAUGUCCCCGCAGCUGUGCGCAGUGGCAUGACCGUGACUGACCGUGGACACUGGCCGCCCGGCCGCCCUCUCCCCGGGGCUCUGCCCCAGUAGCCUCUGCUCUGUGCUCUGUGUGUGAAACUCGCGGUUCUGCUUUUCUCUACUAACCUCUCCGUGUUCGGUGACGUGUGCAUUUGUGUCUUUCUAACUUCUAAUAAACUCACUCCAACUCA